UGUACCAGAUUGUAAAAUGGUUCAAUUUAAUAGUAUGGUUUUAUUCGUUUUUGAAUAGUUGCUAAUGUUCAUAAUUGAAAUUCUUAUAAUUUAUCUUACUUUCGAGUAAGUUUACUGUCGGAAACAAGAAGCCAACUAAUGCACGAUUUCGAUACAAAAUUUUUUCAACAGGAACUUCUUCCAUUCGCACAUUCCACGACAGAGUUGCGGAGAAGUUAUGUGCACAUAGGAUUCUACAUCAGUGAUACUAGUGAGAUACGCAGUUGUAGCUCUGGCCAAAAGCGUAACUUAUCAUGGUACUCCUGUUACGAAAAUAUCUGCCAUAGUGACAUUGUAAAAUUCGCCGAAAACAGCCUAAUCAACGUUCAUGACUCUAUAGGAUUACCAUGGUGGGCCUGUAUCGCGGUGUCAACGCUAGGGCUUCGAAUAACAACAUCUUUGCCUUUGGCUGUUUAUUCACAAUAUAUUUCCGCAAAGCUAGCGAAUCUCGAACCUGAAGCACUUGAGUUGAAAGAAAAGUUACUAUAUCAAGUAAAACUUGCUGAACGGAAGUAUGGCCUUUCCAACGCAGUAGCAAAGGCAACGUUCAAUCACACUCUAAAAGUACGUAUUUUGGAACUGUACCAACGCGAAAACUGCCAUCCAGCGAAAUCUACAAUUACUGUAUUAACUCAAAUACCCCUCUGGAUUACGUUUUCUUUGGCACUAAGGAACACCUCCAUCAAGUCACUUCAAGGAGUGCACGCUUUGGAAUCAUUUCAACACGAAGGCCUUCUUCAGAUAUCUAAUUUAGCGCUUCCGGAUCCGACGUUCAUUGUACCUAUUUGUACGGUUUUUAUCAAUCUCUUUAACAUCCAGUUAUACAGCUUACGAAGCAACGCACCUGUUUUUGGCUGGAACCGAAUUAUCAGUAAUGCAUUUCGUCUAAGUGCAAUCGUGUUUCUUCCGAUUGCAGUUGUAACUCCAUCUGGCAUCACAUUGUAUUGGCUAUGCAGCGCGUUAACAGCAACAGCUCAAAACCUCCUCCUAAUGUCGCCUCGAUUUCGACGAUUGUGCAAAGUCCCGCAAACUAAGAAGGAAUCUAAACAGCCAUAUGUUACAAUCAUCGAAAAUUUACGCCGGCAAUUACCUUUUAUAAAACCAAUGAAAAAAUAAUAGGUGUUACAGCUU